AUGGCCGAUUUACCUCCAACUACGACAAACCCGACUGCAUCCAGUAGUCUCCUACCGGCAAAAUCAUAUCAGCAUUUCUUUGCGGGAGGUCUGGGUGGAAUGUGUGGUGCAAUCGUCACGAGUCCAUUUGAUGUUGUCAAGACGCGGUUGCAGUCCAGUCUUUUCAGGGAAAAACACACUUCAGUCGGGGUUGUAGGAGGUGGUGUUGCGGCGCUCCCGCAACGCUCGGGUGGUUUGUUGUGGAAUUUCGUCGAGACAGGACACAUUCUACGUGACAUAUACCGCGAUGAGUCUCCAGGAGCGCUCUUUAAGGGCCUUGGACCAACUUUAGUCGGUGUCAUACCCGCCCGUUCUAUCAAUUUCUAUACGUACGGUAACGGCAAGCAAAUCAUUGCCAAUUACUUCAACCACGGACAAGAAAACUCCUAUGUCCACCUUGCCGCAGCUGCAGUUGCUGGUAUUGCAACAGGCACAGCAACGAAUCCUAUCUGGGUUGUCAAGACACGUCUGCAGCUCACAGCAUCGGAACGUCGACAUCCCUCAAUCGCAAGUACGAAUCCGGGAGCAACCGCUGGACCUUCACGCGCCCCCGGAGGCAGUUUCAGGAUGAUCACGCAGAUCUUCCGUGAGGAGGGCAUUAAAGGCUUUUACAAGGGCUUGAGUGCUAGUUACUUGGGCGUGACAGAGGGAACUAUUCAGUGGGUGCUCUAUGAGCGCCUGAAGCGGUUAUCUACGAACCCCGAAGGUUGUGGAGGUAUGGGCGAGUGGUUUGGGAUGCUUGGUAGUGCCGGAACCGCGAAGUGUGUCGCCAGUUUGAUCACAUAUCCCCAUGAGGUUCUACGGACGCGACUACGACAACCGUCUGUGAACGGCGUCGUGAAGUACACUGGUCUUUGGCAAACGCUGCGGACCGUCAUUGCUGAAGAGGGGGCCCGCUCCCUUUACGGCGGACUGAGUGCACAUUUGAUGCGCGUUGUACCUAACGCAGCGGUGAUGUACUCGAUAUACGAGGGCCUCUUGCGAUGGGGCAAGCACUCGAAUUGA